UUCAAAUCCCCGCGCCUUUCCCUCCUCCUGAACUCCUCUCGCCGCGCUCUCUUCGCUACUAUGAGACUCCUACCCAGCCGCGCCGCCCGCAUCUCCGGCCCUUCGGGCUCGCUGUGCGCGCUGCUCGCGCUGCUGUUGCUGACGCCGCCAGGGCCCCUCGCCAGCGCUGGUCCUGUCGCAGCCGUAGUGAGAGAGUUGCGAUGCAUGUGUUUAACCACCAACACGGGGGUUCAUCCGAAAGUAAUCAGUAAUCUGCAGGUGAUCGCCUCAGGACCGCAGUGCUCCAAGGUGGAAGUGAUUGCCACCUUGAAGAACGGACAGGAAGUCUGUCUGAACCCAGAAGCUCCUUUGAUCAGGAAAAUCAUCCAGAAAAUGCUGGACAGUGGAAACAAGAAUAAUUAAGAGAAGGAACCAAGCAUUGGAAAAAUCGCCCAGUUCUUCAGCAGAAUGGUUUUCUGCGGCUCUUUGGACCCAGUGAAGACAAGAAACAAAGGCUGUUUCCUGCAGUGAGUUAGGUUUCCUCAUGAAUUCCCCAUACGAGAGAGGGAUGACAGGAGGGAACCUAUGUUUGUCCCUUCAGCUUUCUGCUCAGUUUAUGAAGUGUUUAGCAUAGUAUUUCCUCCUACUUAUUUGCUGUUACUUUAUCUGCUAUGCUAUUGCAAUCUUUGGCAAUUGACUAAAUUGUGCAUAAUUACUGGAUGUUAAUUUUUCAAGAUGACUUGUAUUUCUAGAAUAUACUCCUUCUAGUGUUACAGAAAGAGCUGUGCGUUUCAAAUGUGAAUGGCAUUUCAUUAAAAUGCUGUAUGUGGAGAUAAACUGUUAUCCUCACUCUCUGAUGAGAUAGGUACUAUUAUAAUAUUGUUUCUUGGGGAAUAUGUUACAGAAUUUCCUUACUCUUGACCCCAGGAAGCUGUUUAAUUUGUAUUGCAUUAGAAAUUUGAGUGUAUUAUACAGUUAUCUGUGUAGAAUAUAUUUCCUUAUUUAGAAUUUCUAAAUGUGUAAGUUUUAUAAGGACUAAUGUAUUCUCCUCCUAUAAAUUUAGACAUUUGAUGUCUUCUUUGUAUGGCAUAAUGUCAUGUCUUACUCACUAAACUUUGAUUUUAUGAUAUUUAUUAACUAUUUUAUUAGAAGUAUUAUAAUUCUGGUCACUAAAUAUAUGUUUUGGAUGGGUGGAUGUAGAAGCUAGGAAAUAGGUAAAUUCCUUAUUUCUAGCUUAUAUAGAAUACAUCUGUUUAGUUUUUUUUUAAGAAUAAUGGCAAACUUAACAAUACUCUAUACUCUGAAAGUUUUGAAAACAUAUCUGAGCUCUGCAUGUAAACUCAUCACUUAGUUUUCAAAAAAUGCACAGCACUGCUAAGAUUUGUAGAUGCUUAUACUGUAUCUUUUUAAGGUCUGACCAUUGUGCUAUAAAAAAUUACAUAAUGUAUCACAUUUACUAUGUCAAAAUUGCACUUUUAAAUUGAGUGUGUCAUUGGUUUACAGUACUUCUUUUGUUC